CGCCCAGCUGGCAGGGGAGGGAGCAGUCAGGAAGCCACAGCCCAAGGAGGCAGGAGAGAGAGGGGGAGAGAGAGAAAGGAAAUUCCCUUGGAACCUGUUUCUCUGCUUUCUGGCUGGCUGGCCACCCCCUCUGGAGGGAGAGGCUGAUCUGAGACCUGGGGGGACCAUGGCUACGGCCUUGGGCCCCCCACCAAGGGCCCCUAAGCCCAAGGGCGCCCAGCCGUCCCACUACCAUGAAAGCUACCUGGAGAAAAAGGGACCCCGGGACCUGGAUUACAGGAAGUUCUGGGCCGGCCUCCAGGGCCUCACGCUCUAUUUCUACAACAGCAAUCGAGAUGUGCAGCAUGUGGAGAAGUUAGACCUGGGGACCUUCGUGAAGCUCAAAGAUGAGCCUCUGCGGGAGAUUCACCGAGACCCGGGCACCCACUUCAGCUUGGUCCUCCGGAACCAGGAAGUCAAGUUCAAGGUGGAGAGCCUGGAGUCUCGCGAGAUGUGGAAAGGCUUCAUCCUGACAGUGGUGGAGCUCCAGGUCCCCUCGAACCUGACCCUGCUGCCGGGACACCUGUACAUGCUGGCCGAGGCCCUGGCCAAGGAAGAGGCGCGUCGGGCGCUGGUGACACCCCCGUGCUUCCUGAAGGUGAGCCGGCUGGAGGCCCAGCUGCUCCUGGAGCGCUACCCCGACUGCGGGAACCUGCUGCUGCGGCCCAGCGGGGACGGCGGGGGCGGCGUGUCGGUCACCACGCGCCAGCUUCUCAACGGCACGCCCGUGGUUCGGCACUACAAGGUGAACCUUGAGGGCCCCAGGUACAUCAUCGACGUGGAGGAGCCGUUUUCCUGCGGGUCUCUGGACGCCGUGGUCAACUACUUCGUGUCCAAUACCAACAAGGCGCUGGUGCCCUUCUUGCUGGACGAGGACUACGAGAAAGUACUCGGCUACGUGGACUCUAAUAAAGAGAAUGGCGAGAGCGUGUGGGUGGCACCCUCAGUGCCCACAGCCCCAGGUCCUCCCCCCACCACAGGUGGCUCCAAGAAACCACCUGUCGUGUCCACCAAGCCCGGGGGAGCCUCGGACAAACUGCCCCCUCUACCCCCCAUGCCCCGGCCACCAGACCAGGAUGACGAGAACUACGUGAUCCCCAUCGGAGAUGCAUCGGACCCCAAAUAUGAGAACGGUGAUGUGGCUCCUCCAUGCCGGCCGGUGACAGCAAAGCCCAAGAAGUUGGCUGAGGCCAAGUUCCCCAAGCCACUGACUGUGCCCAAGUCAGAACCCAAAGGUCCUCUCAACCGGAAGAUGGCCUUCCCUGCAACAGGCCUGGCAGAUGUGAGGGCAGAACUGGAGGAGAAACUCCAGAGGCGGCGGGCGCUGGAGCAGCAGGCGGGCCACUCCGGGGGCCCGUGAAACUGUCUCAGGGUGCAGCCUUGCCUGGUGUCUGUCCCCCAAGAAUUAAAGGCCUUGCUCCUGCCCCAGG